AUGUCCGAUGUAUUUGUGCCCGAAACAGAGGAAGGGGAGGAAUUGGAGAACAUCCCAAAAACAUCAGAGACGAUUGUGGAAAAACAAGCGGACGUCCAAGUCGAAGAGUCUUUCGUUCGUCGUUAUAUUAAUGAAAAAUGGUAUGGACGAUACGGAAAUGCGGAAAUUCUUGAAUUUGUAAACGACGAUUGGGUUCUUGUCAAGGAAGAUGAACAAGACUUUAUUCUACAAUUAUGGAUGGAACAGGAAGCAGAAGAGCGGAAAAAUUAUGUCUGGGAUGAAAAGAAAAACGAAUGGGUGACGAAAAAGGACAAUGAAGUGGACGAGGACUUCAUCGCACAAUACCAAGCAAAUUACGGGGUCCCAGAGGAAUAUGCCGAUAUCUACAAGAAAAUGGACGAAGAGCUCAAGGAAAAAACUGAAAAAGCUAUAAAACAAAAAGAAGAAAAGAAGGAGAAGAAGAAAAAAACCAAAUUGGGCGUUGAAGAAUCACAACCUGAAGGAUGGGUUGAGAUUCAGAACACUGCCGUGUAUGUUUCGAAUUUGCCUACAGACAUCACAGAUGAGGAAUUUCACGAGUUCAUGGCGAAAUGUGGGGUAGUUCAGCCGGAUCCGCGGACAAAUAAGCCAAAAAUUAAACUAUAUCGGGAUGAGAAUGGCGAUUUGAAGGGAGAUGGCAGAUGCUGUUACAUCAAGCCUGAAUCUGUGGAAUUGGCUUGCAAUAUUCUGGACGGAACACUUUUGAACGGCAAGGUUGUAAAAGUUGAAGAAGCACGAUUCGAGAUGAAAGGCGAUUUUGAUCCAACUAAGAAGAAGAGGAAGUUAACCGCCGCACAGAAGAAGCGGUUCAUGGCUCAACAGAACAAGAUUUUUGAAUGGCAACCAGAGAAACCGCGAAACUAUCGUCCGCCGUCCGAUUGCACCGUCAUCGUCAAAAAUCUAUUCACUCUAGAGCAAAUGGCCAAGAAUGCUGCUCUUUUGUUAGAUUUGAAAGAGGAAAUGGAAUUAAGCUGUCAAAAAUAUGGAACAGUGAAGAAAGUCGUUGUUUAUGAUAAUCAUCCUGAAGGAGUUGUGUCUGUUACUUUCACAAAUACCGAAGAAAGUGAUAUGGCUGUAAAAUUUUUGAACGGGCGAGUUGUUGAUGGAAGAAAGUUAUCAGCUGAGCUUUGGGAUGGUAAGACGAAGUAUAAGAUCCAAGAAACUGAGGAAGAUGAAGAACGACGAAGAAAGGAAUACGAGAAGUAUAUUAGUGGCGGAGCCGCUGAAAGUGACGAUGACGAAGAAGAUGGCGAAUCCAAGAAACCCAAAUUAGAAACCGAUGAUGUUGUAAAUAUGAACUCAUAA